AUGAAUGAGUUUUCGAUUUUUCAGAUCAAUCGACAUGUAGUCUUCAACCUACCAAUUACGCAAUUCAUAUUCGUUUUUCAUUGCUUUUCGUUUCUCACUGCUGCCAAUCCAAAUCGAAAUUUGUUCACAUUAACUGACGAGGAAAUAAAAUAUUCCACAUUCUCGGAGAAAAACCGCGAAUAUGCCAAGACAAAAUCAAAGGAAAUGUUUUACUUCGGCUGGGACAAUUAUAUGAAAUAUGCCUUUCCGGCCGAUGAACUUGAUCCAAUUCAUUGUCGUGGACGAGGGGCGGAUCAUUCGAAUCCGGAUAAUUUAAAUAUAAACGAUGUUCUAGGCGAUUAUUCUCUCACAUUAAUUGAUACAUUAGAUUCGCUAGUGGUUUUUGGAGAUACGCAAGGUUUUAAGACCGCUGUUAAUUUGGUCAUCAAGCAUGUUUCUUUUGAAAGGAAUACAACUGUACAGGUGUUUGAAUCAACUAUCAGAGUUAUGGGCGGUCUUUUGUCAGCUCAUAUGAUUGCUAGUGAUUCUUCGAACAAAUUUGGAAGUUUUUAUAUGAAAAAUUAUAAUGGCGAGCUUCUUGCCCUUGCACAUGAUCUUGCGAAAAGGCUUCUCCCGGCAUUCGAGAAUACUGGAACAGGAAUUCCCUACUGUCGGGUGAAUCUAAUGAAAGGCGUUCUGCCCGGAACAGUGAAUGACACGUGCACAUCCGGUGCAGGAACGCUUGUUUUGGAAUUCGGAGUGCUCUCCAGGCUUCUCGGCGACGAGAAAUACGAGAAAUUGGCGAGAAAAGUGAUCAAGAAGCUAUGGGAAUUAAGAAAUGCGCAAACUGGGUUGCAUGGAAAUUUGUUGAAUAUUCAUACCGGUGAAUGGGUUGGACAUUUGUCGGGAAUCGGAGCGGGCAUCGAUUCGUUCUACGAGUACCUUCUCAAAUCGUACAUCAUGUUCGGACAAGAAUCGGAUUUGCAAAUGUUCAAUGAAUCAUUCGCAAGAAUCGGCGAAUACAUGCGAAGGGGAAGAUCGUCGUGUCUUUCUUCCGAAGGCGAACCUCCGAUUUAUGUGAACGUUGAUGCGAGAGAUGGAAGCACAACGAACUAUUGGGUCGAUUCUUUGCAGGCGAGUUUUUCGGGUGUUCUCGUUCUGGCUGGAUAUAUCGAUGAAGCUGUUUGUCAUCACGCAUUUUAUUACGCAAUUUGGAAAAAAUUUGGCGUUUUGCCGGAAAGAUACAACUGGAGAUUGCAAGCUCCUGAUGUCAAUUUUUAUCCUCUCCGACCGGAAUUCGUUGAAUCGACAUAUUUCCUGUACACUGCCUCAAAAAAUCCAUUUUAUUUGCAUGUUGGUAUGGAGAUCAUGGAAUCUCUUGACAGAAUCACGAGAGUAAAGUGUGGAUUUGCAACGGUUCAUGAUGUUCAAGAUGGAUCAUUAGAGGACCGAAUGGAAUCGUUCUUUUUAGCAGAAACUAUGAAAUAUCUAUAUUUGUUAUUUGACCAUGAUAAUCCUGUUAAUAAGCAUCAAGAAAGAAUAUUAUUUAACACAGAGGGUCAUUUUUAUCCAAUAAACCAUAAGCUGCGUCAGCCUGCUCCAAAAACUUCGUUUGACCGCGAAGAUUAUGCAAAUUUGUUAUAUGCCAAUGAUAGAAACAUUCCAUUAAAUGUCGCAAACUCGAGUUGUUCAACAUUGCCUGAAAUCUUGCCGGGUGUUCCUCCACUUCAACACGCACAGAUGAAGCAAAUUUUCGAUAUUGUCGGUGUUGAUUCGCAUAUCUGGAAAUGA